AUGGAAAAUGCCACCGAAAAUGCUUCUUUGGUUGAGGUCACUUGGAGCGCUUAUAGUACAGAAGGAGACUCUGAAGGGAAUCAGAUAUUCCAGUAUUUCUUCGAGAGGCAGGCUUUGGCAGGAAUGUUUCUUACAGGUGCCAUCCUUGGAACAGUUGGUAACUGCUUCGUUGUCGCGGCCGUCGCUCUGUCUAAGAAACUCCGGACGACGACUAAUGUCUUUGUGGUCAACUUGGCGGUAGCGGAUAUCCUGACUUCGCUGUUUAUUCCGUGGCAGACUGUGGCAUUUCUGGGAGGGGAUGCGUGGCCCAUCCCGGGGGCGCCGUGGCUCUGUGCCAUGGGAGGCUUCGUCAUCGUCGUCACUUUUGGUUGUAGCAUCAACAGCCUGGCUCUGAUCGCCGUCAACCGUUGGGUGGGCAUCACCAAGUCUCGCUUCACCACCCGUCGCAUCUACACCGCCCGUAAGCUCGCUCUGAUGGUCAUCUUCUCCUGGGCUAUACCGCUCGGCUGCGCCCUAACGCCUGUCCUUACAGACUUCGGCGAACUGGGCUACGAGAAGCUUUACUCCAGCUGCACUUGGGUAAUAGAAGAAUCUGUCUACUACAGCAUGUUCAUUACUGCUAUGUAUUACCCCAUCCAGCUGAUUCUGAUAACCGUGUGCUACUCUUCGAUAUUCUGUUACGUCUGCAAGUCAGCACGCAGGAUGACUCGAGCAGGCGCCCCGUCCAUCUCGGAAGAAGUCAGUGGUGGAGCUAACCGUGCCAUGAGGAGAAAGCUGUGGAAGAGACAAGUAGACGUCACCAAGAACCUGCUCUACAUCGUCUUGGCUUUCGUCGUGUGUCUCACACCUUACUUCGUGACCAUCAUCUUCAGCAGCGACUGGAGCCGUCAGCUGGUGCCCUGGGCAGGAGGAAUCAUGUUCUGCAACAGCUGCGUCAAUCCUUUCAUCUACGCAACCUCGCACCCUGUUUUCAAAGAGGCUUUCGGGUACAUGGUCAGAUGCCAAAAGAUUCCCCGCAUCAAAUCUAGUCCAACAGCGAGCACUGAUCUGCCUGGUGCAAAUACAGCAGAGACCAAGAAGUAAACAACACCCUUCUCAGGCUGGCCAAUCCAUUGUGAAGAACACCUUACAAAAACACCUACUUAUUGUGCUUGUAGAAAUCUACAUUAUAUUGAGGAAGCCUAAUGAUCCA